GUCCAGCAAACUGGUUUUAAUGAAUCCAUUGAAUUCAUUAUAUUUCGAUCUUCUUUCUCUUUUAACCUGAGGCGUGCGAGACUUAAAAGUCCCCCCCAUAGCUUUCUUGACACCUCUCUCUCUCUCAUCUAAUCUGAAUUCUAAUCUCAUAUCUUCUUCCUCUUUCGCUCUCGUCACAAACUCCCCCACAACUACAUUCCCCAAAUUAAACCAAACACUCGAGGAUUAUAUACUGUCGUCUGCAUUUCCUGGUUCACCAUUUCUGCUCAAUUCCUUUUAUGUUAAAAUUAUUAAUUCGAGAGAGAGAGAGAGAUUAUUAACAUUGUGUGUGUAUAUAUAUAUAGAUAUAUAUAUAGAGAGAGAGAGAUAUGGGGGCUUUAACGAGAGUGUUGAAUUUUUCGGUGCCGAGAAAAAGCCUUCCGGCGGGGUUUCCGGCGCCGCCGAUUUUGGUCUUCUGGGAGGGAAUGGGAAUCGGCGGUGGGGUCAAAUCGGUACUGGCGGCGGCCGGCGGGGUGUUGAACAGAAUCGCGAGCUUCAUUGUCUUCAUUCUUCUCGACAUUCUUGAUUUCCUUCUCUGCUACGCCUACAAAGCCGCCGACAUUUUGAUCGAAUCGGAAUGGAAGCCCUGCUACUGCUGCUCGCCGAAGGAGGCGAUCGCCGGCGCCGGCGGCAAGAUCUUCGUGUCGGAGCAGCGGGAGUCGAGGGUCGUCCGCUUGACUUGCUGCAGUAAGCUGCAGCUCGAGGAAGUCUCCGACACGCUCUACGCGAGGCCGUCGUUGGUGUCAGAGGUCUCCCAAUCCACCAUCGUCGAGUACUCCUCCCGGCGCCGGCGGCCGUCGUACACCACCGUGAACUCCACCGUCGUCGAAAUGCUUCAGGGCCGGAUCAACAGGAAGCCUCAGACCGCCCCCCGGUGGUCCGAUUGCGAUUGCGAAACCUGCCAUUCUUGGAGCUCCUCGUCGUCCUGUAAGGAAACCCUAUUCGUCAGAGCCGACGGAGCCAAAGAUAACGUUCAAGAAGAUGUAGUGUUCAUUCACGGCUUCAUUUCGUCGUCUUCCUUCUGGACAGAAACCCUUUACCCCAAUUUCUCCAAAUCGACAAAAUCCAAAUACAGAUUACUGGCGGUGGAUCUUCUAGGGUUUGGGAGAAGCCCUAAACCUGCCGAUUCACUCUACACUUUGAGGGAGCAUUUGGAGAGGAUCGAAAGGUCUGUUCUUGAAGCAUAUAAAGUCGAAUCAUUCCACAUUGUUGCCCAUUCUCUUGGCUGCAUUUUAGCCCUCGCACUUGCUGUCAAGCAUCCUGCCUCUGUCAAGUCAUUAACCUUACUUGCACCUCCAUACUUUCCGAUCCCAAAGGGGCAGCCGCAGCCGCCGGCGCCGGCGCAAUACAUGAUGAGGCGAGUGGCGCCGCGGCGGGUCUGGCCGCCGAUAGCCUUCGGCGCGGCGGUGGCGUGCUGGUACGAGCAUCUCUGCCGGACCGCCUGCCUCCUCGUCUGCAAGAACCACCGUCUCGUCGAAUCACUCGUCAAACUCUUCACCAGAAACAGGAUGAGGACAUACUUGAUCGAAUGUUUCUUUCUGCACACGCACCACGCGGCGUGGCACACUCUACACAAUGUUAUUUGCGGAACGGCCGGGAAGAUAGAAGGAUACUUGGAUGAUGUCCGGGAUCGACUCAAAUGCGAUAUAACGAUAUUUCACGGCGAAGACGAUGAACUCAUCCCAGUCGAAUGCAGUUACAACGUGCAAUCGAGGAUCCCUAGAGCCCAUGUUAAGGUUGUCCAAGGCAAAGAUCAUCUCACCAUUGUUGUCGGGAGGCAGAAGGCCUUUGCAAGGGAGCUCGAGUCAAUAUGGGAAAGUGCAAACGGUUAAUAUAUAUAUAUAUAACAUAGACAUAUAUAUAGUUGAGUUUUUAGAUGAAAAAUAAUCCCAAAGUUGAUGAUAAUAUGCAUGUUAUGACAUAAUCUGAAGAGAUUGGAAUUAAUUAAUUAAUUAAUAAUAGGGUUAAGGGGAAACCAAGAAAAAAAAAUUAAAAAUUUAAGGGGCUAUAUAUAUAUAAUUUUUUUUUUUCUGGGUUUAAUUAAUAUUUGGAUUUUUGGUUUAUUGUUUUAAUUUUCUUUUAUUGUCGUCAGUGUAGUUGUUAGGGUUUAUUGAUAUACAUAUGUUGCAAUAUCACUCGCCAAAUAUUGCUGUGGUGAAAGUGUUGUUAUUACAUUAUGUGAUAUAUUUCCUUAUGCUAGAGAA